CAGGGGCAGGGCACAUUUUACGCUAAACAAAUGGAAAAGUUUAAUUGUGUAAUAGUCUGAACAUUUACCAAGAUAUGUUCGUGUCAGUAGCGUUUGAUUAAACAGGAAUCGACAAAGGUCAACAAUUCGGGCAGGCGCCUCAGUAUCCACGUCUCCUUGUUUUUGGAGGUGAUGUCCUUGUUGUUCCUCACAUUAGUUGCCUGCUGAUAGUGAGUGUCAGUAUGACAGCUACAUUUCCCACUUUUGCCCAAUACUGCGAACGCAUCAUUGCGGCCGCUGACCCGGAAGUUUACGUCAGUCGCUUCCAGCAACAAGAGUGUACUGUUAGCUAUUUGCUGUCAUUUAGCGGAGCUCGGAGAGCAGUUUGUGGCACAGAUUAAUCCUCAUAUAAUUAAAAUGGCCGAAGUGGAGGAAACUCUGAAGAGAAUCCAGAGCCAGAAGGGAGUGCAGGGGAUCAUCAUUGUCAACUCAGAAGGAAUCCCCAUCAAGACAACACUGGACAACGCCAGCACGGUGCAGUACGCAGGACUCAUCCACCAGCUGGUGAUGAAAGCCAGGAGCACCAUACGAGACAUCGACCCACAGAACGACCUCACCUUCCUGCGUGUGCGCUCCAAGAAGAACGAGAUCAUGAUCGCGCCAGAUAAGGACUAUUUCCUGAUUGUCAUUCAGAACCCGUCGGAUUGAAGAAGAAGCUGCUGCCCGACUCUUCGCUCUUUCUGUCUGUCCUUCAUGUUUAAACAGCCAAACAUUUCUUUGUCUCGCUACAUCAAAAGUUCACCAGGAGCUUUUCAUGCUCCUGCUGCUGCUCACUGACCCACAACGGUCAGUCAGUCAGUCGGCAGGCAGAAGUCUUCUUCCCUGUUUUCCAUUCCAGCUGGUCUCCUCCUGCGCGCCGAGUGUUCACAUCACUGUGUUUGUUUCACAGGUGUGUUAACACGCGGUGAGACGUGCACACCUGCAGCGUACACGUCUGCAAAGUGCACAGCACACCUGAGAGACCACAACACGUCUUUAAGUUGAGGUUUUUGUCUUCACUUGUGUCUCGAGGGAAAACUUUGGAUUGUUAUUUAUGUUGUUGGAGUGCAGAGAACGACACUACAAACCUCUGCAGCGGCCGCGUCGACCCUCCCGUGAUUAUUUUUAACAAAUUAAAAGAAGUAAAAAAUG